AUGGCCCUUGGACACAGUGGAUCACCGAUCAACAGCAAGAGCCGGAGACGUCGGCUCUGUCAUGUGAUCAGCUGUGUCAAUGAUCAUCAGGGCACUGAUGAUCAGUGUAGCCCCAUCAGUGCCACCUGUCAAUAUCCAUCAAUGCCACCUGUCAGUGCUCAUCAGUGCCACAUCAAUGUCACAUAUCUGUGCCUACCAGUGCACAUCAAUGCCAUAUAUCAGUGCCCAUCUGAGCUGCCUUUCAGUGCCACCUAUCAAUGCUGCCAGUCAGUGCCACCUACCAGUGUCAGUCAGUGCCGCCUAUCGGUGUGCAUCAGCACCACCUAUUAGUGCGCAUCAAUGCCGCUUAACAGUGGCGCUUCUCAGUGCCAGUCAGUGCCACCAGUCAGUGCCAU